UGGGCGUGGUGUGAGGAGAAGAAUACAAAAACACAGCGGAGCUGCGUAGGGUCCAGAGAAACACGGAGAAAGUGGCAUUUAAAUCAUUUCUCGCGCUGCAUAUUAAAAGUCUUUGAUUAAUUUGAAACUAUAUGGGAAACUGAAGUUACUAAACAACGUGAGAUGCAAUUAUGGUCCUGCGCUUCAUCAUAAACAAUCGCGUUUAUGAGCUAUAUUUUACUCUUAUGCUUUAUGAAACAGUGUUCCAUUGUUAAGCUUCAUACUGAGAUAAAAAUAGGAAAGUUGAGACAUGGGAUCCAAGUUGACCAGGCAGAGUAGUUUGGACAGCCAGGCGACUUUCUUUCGGAGAGGAGGACGCCACCAUCACGAGAGCUCUGGGAAUGCGGCGGAGAGGAGUGGGAGAAGAGGAGAGUUUCUGUUUAGUUCUCUGGUGCUGAAUUCGGACAAGCUGCCCGGGAUGAUGCGUAAAUCUAGUCCCAGUCCAUAUGUCCGAAGAGUGGCUUGGGUUCGGGAGAUCCAAUCCAUGCUAAAGGAACAGAAGGUGGAACAAGCCAUCGGCGUGUUGAAACUGCUUAGAAAGGACUUGGGUCUUGAGGGCACAUCACUUAAUGACAUCCUCUACAAGAAUGCUGCCUUCCUCAACCUAGUGGAUCCAAUCUCCCAUGAGCUUCUGCUCAGUUUGGCCCGUGACAUGCAGUGUCCAAAGCGGGAGUCUGAUGCUCUCAAGUCCUCUGAGAAGAUCUGCAGGCAGCUGAUCUAUCACCUGACCCCUCACUCUAAAUGGAGCAGACAGAACGUGCCCAGGAGGAAGUCCCAAGCCUGUCUUAAAACUACACUGAAAAAGAAAUUAGCUAAUGAUACUGUGGAUCUGUCUGGUAUCCCCCUCUUUGGCCGCGACUUGCAUCGUGUGGCAUACUACCUUCAAAACAACAGUUCAUCUGUGACAGCAGUGGACCUCAGCUUUACAGAACUCCAGGACGAGUGCUUACGGCUUCUUUUACCAUUCUUAGGAGUGCUACCCAAACUCACCACACUUGCCAUCAAUGGAAACCGACUGACUGUAGCCAUCCUUAAAGACCUGAUAGAGGUGGUUAAAGACCCCAAGAAGUUUCCCAAUUUGGCUUGGGUGGACCUGGGCAAUAAUGUAGACAUCUUCACAGUACCCCAGCCAUUACUGGUUGCUCUUCGCAGAAGAUUUGGAAUGAGAAGCAGUUUGCCUACCAUCUACGAAUACAAUGAGGGCCAGGGCAAUAGAUACUGCCUAGAGACUUCAAUUGAAGAAAUCAGUGUAUUUGAGGAGGAUAGAUAUGAGGAGCUGGAUGAUAAUCUGGUGCUUGAGCCCUGGAAUGAAGAAGAGAAAAGUAGUAACAUUACACUUCAUUUCUGUGAAAGGUGAUGGUCCCACAUGGUUCUCUUGCUCCUUUUAUACUAUGAGUCAAGGUCCAGUUUAUCAGCAUUUUCAAUGCAUGAAGCACCCUUUCACCACAAACCCUGACUGGAGCUUCUAAAAGUGUCGUGAGACAAAAUGGCCAUGUAAAGUCUGGAGUCUUGAGGUGGGAUUUUAGAAGAACAGAAUGGUAUAUUAGAGAGGAAAGAAGGUCCGGACCUGUUACACACUCUGAAAGGAGACUGUAGCCUUCUUGCUCAGUCCUAGAAACCCAAACACACAGUCUACAUCACUGUCUUAGUUCUUAGUCCAAGUGCUACAGCAAGCAGCAGCCAAUCCUUUGUUUGCCUCCAACAUUAAAGGGAUACUUCACCCUAAAAUGAAAGGUGAGAGAAUAGAGUAAAAGGGCUACUGGAGUGCCUACGGACUACAAAAGAUACUGACGUUUGUGUGUGUGUGUGUGUGUGUGUGUGUGUGUGUGUAUUGUGAUAUGGAAGCUAAUGAUGCAAAUGUAGUUUUAGCUAAAUUUUUAGACAGGCAAAACUGCAAUGCCACACAACCGAACAUGAUUAUAUUUCUAUUAAAUCUCAUCCAGUUUGCAAUGAGAGGUUAGACCCUUGAUUAUAAGACAAGUAAACUCCUGGAUCUAUUCACCUUUGUUCAUCAGCACAAGAACCAUGUUUGUACUGUCAGUUAGGGAGCGAAAAUUUAUUUAGAUUUUUUUUCUUUAUCUUUAGUUGAUUCACGUCGAUAUUUUGUAUUUUUAAAAAGAAUAUGAUGUAACAGAAGCAAACAAAUAAUAAUAAUGUAUUAGUUCUUCAUGCUGUGUAUGUGUUUGUGUGUGGGCGGGUUUGGGUGGUUUACGAGGACUUUUUUUUUUAAGGUUACAAACUGGUAAAUGUGGUUUAUGAGGACAUUUCUAGUGUCCCCAUAAUUCAAAUUGCUUAUAAAACACACUAAACUAUGCUUUUUUGAAAAUUUAAAAAUGCAGAACGUUUUUUAUGUGGGAUAGGUUUAGGGUUAGGGGAUAGAAUCUAUAGUUCAUUCUGUAUAAAAAAAUCAUUAUGUCUAUGGAGAGUCCUCAUAAGGAUGGCUGCACCAACGUGUGUGUGUGUGUGUGUGUGUGUGUGAAUGCAUGCACCUUUGCUCCACAGGUGGUACCUAUGAUGUUUCCUUUACAGAUGCAUGUCUGAUUUGCACUUUACAUGGUAGGCUUUUUCUGUUGGCUGGUCAUCUCCAGUCUUUGACCUUUUAUGGUCUGUUUAUGACUCCACCAUCAAAUUUUCAUUGUCAUAAUUUUAUUGUCAUAAAAGUUGUGGCUUUGAGCAUCUGUAUAUAUUCUUUACCUUUUUAACUGUUUUAUAAUGAACAGUUAUAACGUGAUUGUUCUUGCUACAUUAUGUGAAAUAAACUCUAUUUGUUAGAAUGCUGAGCAUCAUUGUAUACGUGAGAUAACAGAAAGGACCCAUUCUCAAGGAACUGCUUUCAAGGUAAAACUGAAUGAUAAUGAGUCGAGAAAGUGAGACAACAGAGAUGAUAUUAAAACGUCUUGGGAAUGUGUGUGUGGUUGGCUGUGUAUACUUGAUAUUUGGAUGUAUAUGCUUGACCUGAGAGUUUUUAUAUAAAAA